GCAGCAGCAGCAGCAGCGCCCAAGCGACGCUCUGCCUCCAAGCGAUCUCCGCCGGUGCCUGUCUGCUCCAUCUGGAACCGCUCGCUGGGGUUUGUUUUCUGGCGAGACAACGGACGACCGGGCUGGAGAGCGCAGCGGGCAGAAAAGAGCGACCAGUUCUCCCAGGACGAGACAUCAUCCCCCCAUUUCAUCUUGGAACAUCCUGAAUCCAUCAGCAUGACAGUUUUCUUUGCUGAAGCAUAGUGUUUGCCUGGCAAACAGUGACGGCAGUUGCACCAUGGACCUAGAGAAUGAAUUGCCCAACACCACAGCCUUCUGGUUCCCCUCACCCUCUCAAUUUGACAGCUUCUCCCCAGAGACUCCUGCCACCAAUGCCUCCAUCAACACCACAAGCCAACACUAUGACUUGACUAGCAAUGCCAUCCUUACCUUCAUCUACUUUGUGGUGUGCAUUGUGGGCCUGUGUGGCAACACUCUGGUCAUCUACGUCAUUCUCCGCUAUGCUAAGAUGAAGACGAUCACCAACAUCUAUAUACUCAACUUGGCAAUAGCUGAUGAACUAUUCAUGUUGGGGUUGCCUUUCUUGGCUAUGCAGGUGGCUCUGGUUCACUGGCCCUUUGGGAAAGCCAUCUGCCGGGUGGUCAUGACAGUGGAUGGGAUCAAUCAGUUCACCAGUAUCUUCUGCCUGACAGUAAUGAGUGUGGAUAGGUACCUUGCUGUAGUGCACCCCAUAAAAUCUGCCAAGUGGAGACGGCCAAGAACAGCAAAGAUGGUCAAUGUCGCUGUCUGGGGCAUCUCCCUUCUGGUCAUACUGCCUAUCAUGAUAUACGCUGGAGUGGCCAAUAAUCACGGGAACAGUAGUUGUACCAUGAUCUGGCCUGAUGAGUCUGGUGCUUGGUAUACUGCCUUCAUCAUCUAUGCCUUUAUCCUGGGCUUCUUGGUGCCCCUUACCAUCAUCUGCCUUUGUUACCUGUUCAUCAUCAUCAAGGUCAAAUCCUCUGGUAUCAGGGUGGGUUCCUCCAAGAGGAAAAAGUCAGAGAAGAAGGUCACCAGGAUGGUCUCCAUUGUAGUUGCUGUUUUCAUCUUUUGUUGGCUGCCUUUCUACAUCUUUAACGUCUCAUCUGUCUCUGUUUUUAUUGUGCCGACACCUGUCCUCAAGGGCAUGUUUGAUUUUGUAGUGGUCCUCACCUAUGCCAAUAGCUGUGCCAACCCCAUCCUUUAUGCCUUCUUGUCUGACAACUUCAAGAAGAGCUUCCAGAAUGUCCUCUGCCUGAUGAAAGUGAGUGGCAUGGAUGAAACUGACAGGAGUGACAGCAAGCAGGAUAAGUCCAGGCUAAAUGAGGCUACAGAAACACAGAGGACAUUGCUCAAUGGUGACCUUCAGACAAGCAUCUGAAAAAUCUCUGCAAUUGUCCAUUCAUCUCCUUCCUGCUUCUUCAUGAAAGGCAGCAGCUCAUAACAAGUCAGGUCCAGAACCUUUGGCCCUUCUUUAAGGGAAUGGUAUAUGCAUGUAAUGGAUAGGUUCCGGGUACAGACUUGCUUCUCAGCCAAAGGCAGGCUGGUUUUGAGGAUAUUAAUCAAACGCAAAUGUACAUUGUGGGUGGUAGUCUAGAAAUGCACACUGGCGUAUGUACAUUGGUACAUGAAUACUUGGUGUCAUCAAGCAGUGGGAGAAUUCCUGCCUCGAACCCAUUUUAGUUAAUCUGAGCUUUUCUUUUCUUUCUUUUUUAUCCUUCACAGCUUAGAUUUUCCAGUGUUCACGUAGUCUAGACUUCCAAAUACUCUAUCUCCAAUAUUUGAGUUAAAUUAUUGGGCGGGGGGAGAAGGAAAUUGGUUGACAUUUAAACAGUUGAACCAGUUGGUGUUGUUUUUUGAAGUGUUGAGUAGGUAAAACAAGUUCAGAUCCAGAAACAUUUAGCCAAAAUUUUGCUAAAACAUUUUUGGGAUCAUUUGGAACCCCAUCACAAGUCCAAAUUUUAGAUGCUGUGAAGCUUCACUUUUAUGUGCUUUUUGAAUAAGAAAAAUAUAACAUUUGUGCAUUUUAUAUCCAAAUGAAAAUCCAAACAGUCAUUUGCAUUUGUGCGUGUGUGGUGGGGAGAAAAGGGAGAAAAGUGUGAAAGGGAGAAAAGAGAGAUGUGUUGCUAGCCAUAACGAGAUUCCCUUACUGUGAUUUUACAGUGAUGACAUAUUUUGCCCUACCUCCAUCUCUGCCUCCUACACUGAAAGACCUUUACUCACUGAAAGACCUUCUGUUGGUAGGGCAGAUGUUGCUAAAGUAGAAGAGCAGAUCUGUCAAAUGUCCAAAACACAGUCAGGCAAUACCUUUAUUAGGACCAACUAAAUUGUCACAAAGUGACAAGCAAGAUGUUGGGUUCUCCAGAAUACUCAGACUGGAUCUUGCUCACCUCUGACAUUUUGGUUAAUCUUAAUAAAGUUAUUAAUGUAUUGUGUUGUUGUUGUUGUUUCUCCUAACAAACAAACAUGGUUGCCUGCAACUUUUGCCAAAUGAGUGAGUGUGCCCAAUCCUGGUUGGGGUGAAAACCUGAAAAUGAACAGAGCCCAAAGGAUGUUCUUUGGGCUCUGUUCAUUUUCGUAUUUUUCCAACUGCAGCCCAUUUUUCUGUUUUGCGGUGAAAACCUACCUUUCCUUUUUCUCCAUCAUACUCUGAUUCUAAUUUAGAGGCAAGAUGAAAAGAACCAUGCUAUCACGGGCAGAGUCUUCAAAAACUUAAUUUCUAUUCUGUGAGGAGUAGGAAAGGGACUUUAAUUCUACUUGAAAAAGGCAGGCCGUAUCUAGUAAAAGCUCAGGAUAGGAAACAGAGAAGCAGGGAGGGUUUCUAGCAAGCAAUCUGGAGCUGGACAGCAUAAUUUAAUCGAGCUUCCUGUCUCUCCCAUUGAUCCCUACUUCCACAGUGUCCUAUGGGUGCUAUUCCAUCUUUACUUCCUCCUUCCAAAAUGCUGCCCAGAAGUUCCACAUUCUGCAUUGCUUAACAAAGUUUUGCAUUCAGAACAAAGUAUACAAAUGAAACAAACUCUUUUAUUUCAGUCCGAGGCUUGGGGUUUGGGGGCUGCAGAAUCUCGCUUGUUUAAUGAAAUGUUGUUCUGGUCCUCUCUCAGUGACCUGGUUUGCACAAUCAAAAUCAGAUGGUGGCUUAUUUAAAUCAUGGCGCGUGCUGGAGCGAUUUUCAUAAUCAGUGCCUGGGUGCAGCUUAUUGUGUCAUCUGAACCUGGGAAGCAUGGUUUGUUGGAGGGGGAAACAACUUUGCAAUAACCCAUAGGUUGUUGUAUGAUACCACGUGCCCUGUCAAAGAAGCUACAGCCUGUAUGAAAAGCAUUAGUGCAUACUACAUGUCCUCAGGAGGAUGGUUUACCUAGAAGACUAUAUGCAUGUUUGCCAGUAAAGUCUUGGGGUGCUUAAGAAUAGAUGAUUAAGUUUUAUGACCUUGGAUAUUUCAGAAUGGCUUUGUUUAUGGAAGUGCAUAAUUACUUGGCUCCAGCUGGCAAGUCACUGCCACAACUCCUGUCUUGCACUGUGAUUUUCAUUGUUAAUUGUAGGCAUGUGGAAUUACCGUAUUUCUUCUAUUCUAAGACACACUUUUUCCCCUAAAGUAACAGCUCUAAAAAUUGGGUGCGCCUUAGAUUCGAUGGCGCCUUAGAAUCGAAGAAAUGCGGUAAUUACAUUUGUCGAGUCUGCAGCGGGACAG